CGCAGCUGCCGGACACGGCACGCCACGGCGCAGACUCCGCGGCCCGAGCAGGCGCGUCAGCCGAGUUCGGCGGUCGCGCGGGCGGCGGGGACACAUCUGUCCCCGCUCUGCGGCCGCCGCUCCCCCCACAUCCUCCGCCGGCGCGGCCGGGAACCUUCGCGUCCUCGCCUGGCGACUGCGGGCGGGGGCGCCUUCGGAUCGAUCUUCUGAAAUUUAAGUAUUCAAGAUGAAGUUCUUAUUGGCCAUUGCCUUUUUUAUUUUAAUUUCCUUGUGGGUUGAAGAAGCCUGUUCUAAAGAGAAGUCUUCAAAGAAAGGGAAGGGGAAAAAGAAGCAGUAUCUGUGCCCAUCCCAGCAGUCAGCAGAGGACCUUGCCCGGGUGCCUGCCAACUCCACUAGCAAUAUCUUGAAUAGGCUAUUGGUCAGUUAUGACCCCAGGAUAAGACCAAAUUUCAAAGGCAUUCCAGUUGAUGUAGUAGUCAACAUUUUUAUUAACAGUUUUGGAUCCAUUCAAGAGACAACAAUGGACUAUAGAGUUAACAUCUUCCUGAGACAAAAAUGGAAUGACCCCCGGCUGAAGCUCCCUAGUGACUUCAGAGGCUCAGAUGCACUGACAGUGGAUCCCACAAUGUACAAAUGUCUGUGGAAACCUGAUUUAUUUUUUGCAAAUGAAAAAAGUGCCAAUUUUCAUGACGUAACCCAGGAAAAUAUCCUCCUCUUUAUUUUUCGGGAUGGAGAUGUUCUUGUCAGUAUGAGGUUGUCCAUUACUCUUUCUUGCCCUUUGGACUUGACCUUGUUCCCCAUGGAUACACAGCGCUGCAAGAUGCAACUUGAGAGCUUUGGUUACACAACCGAUGAUUUACGAUUUAUCUGGCAGUCAGGAGAUCCUGUUCAGUUAGAAAAAAUUGCCUUGCCUCAAUUUGAUAUUAAAAAGGAAGAUAUUGAAUAUGGUAAUUGUACAAAGUACUAUAAAGGCACGGGCUAUUACACGUGUGUGGAAGUCAUCUUCACCCUACGGAGACAGGUUGGGUUUUACAUGAUGGGUGUCUAUGCACCGACGCUGCUGAUUGUGGUCCUCUCUUGGCUUUCCUUCUGGAUCAACCCUGAUGCGAGCGCAGCCAGAGUGCCCUUGGGUAUCUUCUCAGUACUCAGUUUGGCAUCUGAGUGUACAACCCUUGCUGCUGAACUUCCCAAAGUAUCCUAUGUGAAGGCACUUGAUGUUUGGCUCAUUGCUUGCCUUCUCUUUGGGUUUGCCUCACUGGUGGAGUAUGCUGUUGUCCAGGUGAUGUUGAACAACCCCAAAAGAGUAGAAGCAGAAAAAGCCAGAAUUGCUAAGGCUGAGCAAGCAGAUGGGAAAGGUGGAAAUGCAGCUAAAAAAAAUACUGUGAAUGGUACAGGAACUCCUGUUCACAUUAGCACUUUGCAGGUUGGUGAGACCAGGUGCAAAAAGGUUUGUACUUCUAAGUCUGAUCUAAGAUCUAAUGACUUCAGCAUUGUUGGAAGCUUGCCGAGAGAUUUUGAAUUAUCCAAUUAUGACUGCUAUGGAAAACCCAUUGAAGUCAACAAUGGACUUGGGAAAUCUCAGACAAAGAACACCAAGAAGCCACCUCCUGCCAAACCCGUUAUUCCAACAGCAGCAAAGCGAAUUGAUCUUUAUGCAAGAGCAUUGUUUCCUUUCUGCUUCUUGUUCUUCAAUGUUAUAUAUUGGUCUAUAUAUUUAUAAUAAAUCCUUUCCAUUUAUAUAAAAUAAAAUCCCAUUUCAUUUCAUAAAAACCAACCUGACCAACCCCAUUCAUAAAUGGCAAUCUGUGAAAAUUUUUGCAUUUUCUUAGCAAUAUAUUGCAUUUGGAUGCCAUUUGAUUGUAAUAAAAAUGUGGCAUCUUAAUUUUGAGUGGCAGCAUGACCCUGUGAUGUCUGUGCUCUAAUAAUGCAUAUACAUAUAUAGCAUACAUAUUGCUUUAGGAAUAAAUGAAGGACAAGCGUACUACAUAAUAAAAAUCCAAACAACUAUCUUCAGUUAGUGUAAACUGCAAAUACUUCAGAUAAUUCUGAUAAUAAAAUGAUGUGCACGCUGAGUCUUGUUAUGGUCACCAUUCUAAUGUAUGCAGUGUUUCAGAUUUCCUUCCUUGUAACUUUCAGAGAAAGCCGUCUUAUUCUUGUAUAAUUUUAGGUGGUAUUAUCACAGAUUAAACUAAGUCAUAUUACAUGUUGUUUAAACUUUGUAAGUAGAAAAAUAUCAGUUAUAAUUAUGUGGGCUCUGUGGAGAAAUAAAGUUCAGAGAAUGACUAAUUGGUAAAAUCAGCUCAUUAUAAAGUGUGCUUGUGUUGUCAAAAUGCCAAAUAAUAAAAACACUGUAAGCAUUUUUUACACAAAGGGAAAUACUAGAUUUACAUAAAUGCAUACUGAAUCUUGGCUUCUGAUAAAGUAAAAAUAAAGGAUAGAUGCAUUGAUUAAACAUAUAAGAGAAAGGAAAAAUCAACUUAAUCCACCUUAAAAUCUAAAUAUAUUUUCAUAGAUUUCAUUUUGUUGAUACAGAGUACACAAAAGCAUAGUGCCUUAAGAAGAGUAAUAAAUAUUUUAAAUUGUAAUAUGGUAAUAGAUGUGUGAUUUCAUACCAUUUUUAAGACAUCAAGAAGAAAAUAUUCUAUUACUAAAAGUAACUUAAGUUACAAAAAAUAUCCCUAAUCAUUAAAGGAUUUUUAACUUCAUUUUAUUAAAAUAGUUACAUUUUUUGUAAGUAUAAUUUAAAUCUUUUUCUCUGAAUCCACUUAUUUCUUUUUUUCAUAUUUAUUUACUAUUUUGGGAUUAGUUACAAAACAUUUAAAGGAUAAGUAAAUAAUAAUUUUUUGUUCUUUUUACCUAGGAGGAAUCAAAAGAAUAAAGUUAGAUUUCACUUCUAUGGGUAUUUUCUUUCCUGCUAAAAUUCUAGAUAACUGAGAUUUACUUAUUUGAUCUUGUUCCAAAGUGAAAAUAAGCAUUUUCUAGUUUAUGAGACCCCCAUUUCCUAAUCGAUAUUAUGGCCAAUACAUCUUUUUGUUUCUGCCACAGAUGUAAUUAGAACUAUCAAUAAGUCACAUAAUGUAAAUGUAAAGAACAAAUAAGCAUAUUUACAAAAUUUGGAGGGUUUUAUUGUAGCUGAGCAUUUGUAUGGCCAAUUCAAUAAUAAAAUGUGUUCAAAAAUACUGUUUCUGCAAAUUGCCAUAUGUGAUUCAAUGCUAUUCGAUUUAUUGAAGACUUUUUGUUUAAUUUUUUAGAGGCUCACUGCUCACUAAGUUUUGAAAUAGUAUAUAAUCUAAUCUUCUGCAGUGCUUCACCUCCCUCUAGUUAAAGAAACAUAGCCAUCUAAAUAGUUUUAAAAUGCCACAAGUGAUGCAAUUGUUGGGUUUCAAUAGCUUGUCAAUGACAAAAGGGGCACAGGGCAAUAAUAUUUUAAUGGAUAAAAAGGUCUUUAAUAGGACUUUGAUCAUUUAAAAUUUUCAUUUGUAAUAAUUUUAUUUUUUUAGAAUCUGUCUUCUUUGUCUUGGCAAAGUCCCGUCAUAUCAGGAAGUCUGAUCUAGAUUCAGAAUUUGAAGUGUAACUAUCCCAUAUGGGAGACAGGUCUCAUCCUAUAGGAAUUUAUUUGUAGAAAAUAAUGUGAAUGGAUUCCUUUUGUAUACUAUAAUAUUGUAGCUUCUUAAGAUUAAUUUUAAUACCCAAUUAUAUAUAAAUAACUACCCCAGGAUUAGGUGUGUGCAUAUAUCUACAAGUCAAACACUGGAAAAUGAUCGUAGCAAAGAAGCACAACGUGUCUAACAGUUUGUUUGAAAUUCUCUUAAGAGUUAAUUCACUUAACCCCAGAGUAGUUCUGAUCUGUGUACUUUAAUUGUGAUGUAUUUCCAAGCAGCCUGCAGUAUGUCUAACUUGGAUGGUGUGCUGAUACCUCAAAUUCAAUGUCUCCAAAAUAAAAAUUAUCAUCUUCUCACAAAUCAGUA